UCCUUUCAUGAACAGGGUGAGGGGACUUUAGAGCUCCCUGGAGAGUGACCCUAGUUCUUCACCCUUGUCCCCUCUGUCUCCAUAGGCACACUCUGGCUGACAUCAUCAUGGAGAAACUGACUGAGAAGCAGACAGAGGUGGAGACGGUCAUGUCAGACGUGUUGGGCUUCCCUAUGCCUCAGCUGGACCCCCGCGUCCUGGAGGUCUACAGAGGAGUCCGGGAGGUGUUAUCCAAGUACCAAAGUGGGAAACUGCCCAAGGCUUUUAAGAUCAUCCCUGCACUGUCCAACUGGGAACAAAUCCUUUAUCUCACUGAGCCUGAGGCCUGGACUGCAGCUGCUAUGUAUCAAGCCACCAGGAUUUUUGCCGCUAACCUGAAGGAAUGGAUGGCUCAGCGCUUCUACAACCUUGUCCUGCUUCCCCGAGUACGAGACGACAUCAGUGAAUUCAAACGACUCAACGUUCACCUCUACUUGGCACUCAAGAAAGCCCUGUUCAAACCUGGAGCCUGGUAUAAAGGAAUCCUGAUCCCAUUGUGCGAGUCAGGCACAUGUACCCUCCGAGAAGCCAUCAUCGUGGGCAGCAUCAUCACUAAGUGCUCCAUCCCUGCAUUGCACUCCAGUGCGGCCAUGCUGAAGAUUGCCCAGAUGGAAUACAGUGGCGCUAACAGCAUUUUCCUGCGCCUGCUGUUAGACAAGAAGUAUGUGUUGCCAUACCGGGUGCUAAAUGCCCUGGUCUCCCAUUUUCUGGGCUCACUGACAUUGGCACAACGCUACAAGGCCGACUUGGCCACGGACCAGAAGGAGGCCCUCCUGGAACUGCUUCAACUGCAGCCCCACCCACAGUUGUCUCCGGAAAUCAGACGUGAGCUCCAGAGUGCAGUCCCCAGAGACGUGGAAGAUGUUCCUGUCACCAUGGAAUGA